AAGUAAACCUGUAAGGAAAUGAGAAUCAUCAACUACUUUGAAGCGAGCAAUGUAAUGGUCUUCUUGUGAUCCACUUCCUCAAAGUUUAUAAAUCGUUUAAAUUUAAAACUUUUUUCCUAGUUAAUUGUGUACGUUUAGUGAUUCUAAUUAACUCAGAUAUGCCGACAAAAAAAAUAACUCAGAUAUUUUGCAUAUAAUAAUAAUUAGGGAAAAUCAAAUUUGAUCGAACUUAAUAUAUACCACCACUCUGUUCAUGUUAUCAUGUACAACAGGUGAAUCUGAAAAGAACAGAAACUGAAGGGUAAAAUGUUGGAAGAAGAGAAAAAGAGGGACCAAAUUGUAAAACAUCGGCGCGCGAGAGUUUCGGCUUCAAACGAAUUCUCAUCCUCCCAUCUCACGACAACACAGAACACAAAGUCUCUCUCUCUCUUUCUUCCAAAAAAACUCGAAAUCUCUUAGAAACCAAGUUUGGAUCUCUGCAAUCAUCAUCAUCAUCAUCACCUCUCUCUUUCUCCAUUUGAAGAUUAUAUCAAACAUUUCACCGUCUCUCUGUUAUUUAGGUUUGAGGAGAUCGUUGAAGAGAGGUGAAUCAAUAAAAUAAAAUAAAAUAAAAUAAAAUAAAAUGGCAGAUAAACCGGUUCUUCAAAAACCACCAGGUUACAGAGAUUCAAACAUGGCCACUCCUUCUCCUCCUCCCCCUCUCAGACCACAGCAACAACCACCGCCCAUGCGAAAAACCGCGGGAAUGCCUUCUUCUUUCCGACCAAAGCGAAAACGCGGAAGCUGUUGUCGUACCUGCUGCUGUUGCGUCUGCAUUACUCUCGUCCUCGUCAUCUUCCUCCUCUUAGUCGCAACCGCCGUUUUCUACCUCUGGUUCGAUCCAAAGCUCCCUAUUUUCAGCCUCGCCUCUUUCCGCCUCGACGGAUUCAAACUCUCCGACGAUCCCGACGGCGCGUCUCUCUCCGCCACCGCCGUGGCCCGCGUGGAGAUGAGGAAUCCCAACGCGAAACUCGUUUUCUACUACGGAAACACCGCCGUGGAGAUGAGCGUUGGCAACGGAAACGACGAGACGGGGAUGGGAGAGACGACGAUCAACGGGUUCCGACAAGGUCCGAAGAACUCGACGAGCGUGAAAGUGGAGACGUCGGUGAAGAACCAGCUCCUGGACAGAGGAUUGGCUAAGAGACUCUCGGCCAAGUUUCAGAGCAAAGAUUUGGUUAUGAAUGUUGUGGCCAAGACGAAAGUUGGAUUAGGUGUCGGCGGGAUUAAGAUCGGAAUGCUCGCCGUUAAUUUGAGAUGCGGCGGCGUUAGCUUGAACAAGCUUGAUACUGAUUCACCUAAAUGCAUCCUCAAUACACUCAAAUGGGUGAAUAUACAGUAAUGAGGAAGUGAGAAUUUGAAAAUGGUGGUGAUCUAACAUUGUAUGAAUAUAUGUAACUAUAUUGUAGAUAAAUAUAUAUUUAUUUUUGGUCAACAGAUAAAUAUAUAUAUACCUUUACUAUAUUCUUUUUUGAUCAAAUUACUAUAUUCUAUUUUCGUGUUUUAUAUAUUUAAUGUUUGGGUAUUUGACUACAUUAAGAUGGAGCAUAUAGAGAGAGUGAUGUGUUAUAUUUUCGUGUGUGAUAGAUUUUUUGUUGUGAGCUUGGGAGGAAAACAUAUGUAAUGUGAUGAGUAUUUUUUUAAAUGAUAACAACUUGGUUACAAAGCAUAGUAAGGGUAUAGAUAGCAAGCUUGUUCUCCAAUCAUCCAUCUUGGUAUGUAUAACUCAGCCUUUGUGGCGUAUGAAUGGUUAAAUUCAAAAACACUAGUCA